AUGCUACCUGACCUGAUAAGAAUAGUUGUAUGUGGCGAUGAAUCGGUUGGGAAGUCGUCCCUAAUAAUGUCAUAUAGCAGAGAGUCAACAACCGAUUCCUCCCUUGACCAUGUUCUACCGCCAAUUACAAUUUCACGAAAUGAUUACGAGGAGGUUGUCCGCGAGGCAUCAUCGUCGGUGAUUCUCGAACGUGUCACCAAUAAUACAACCCGCACUGGCCGUGAUAACGAAAAAUAUACUCAUAGGAGCUCAGUCGGUCUCCUGCCGCAUAUACCCAAUACAACAACAAUUGUCGACACAAACUCAUCAGAUGUAACCUCACUACAUAAAGAACUCAAACGUGCCGACGUGAUUUGUCUAGUGUAUUCUGACCACUACACUUACGAAAGGAUCUCCUUGCACUGGAUGCCUAUGCUCAGAUCUCUAGGGGUUAAUUUGCCAAUCAUAUUAUGUGCAAACAAAUCGGACUUGUCACCCAAAUCAACAUGGAAGAACCAAGACAACGAAGAGUUUCUCCCCUUGAUUAACGAAUUCAAAGAGAUCGAGGCUGGAAUAAGAUGUAGUGCUGUGAAUGGCUAUAAUGUCGUGGAAGUGUUCUACAUAUGCCAGCGUGCAGUUGUAUAUCCCAUUUCGCCACUUUUUGACGCUAUCGAACACAAUCUAAGACCGCGUGCUAUCGAAGCACUCAAGCGAGUGUUUUUCCUAUUUGAUGCUGACCAGGAUGGAUACUUGAGUUUUGAGGAAUUUAACGAAUUACAUAAGAAAUGUUUCCAAAAGGAGGCUUCACGAGUCGACUUUGAUGACAAUGUCAAUUACAUUAAUUCUAAAAUAUUGUCCUAUGGAGAAAAUGGCGGUCUUAGUGAGGACGGUUUUAUACUAUUGCACAAGUACUUUGCAGAAUCAGGUAGACAUGAAACAACUUGGAUUAUAUUGCGGGCCAAUCAUUAUACAAAUUCAUUGUCCUUGGAUGACAAAUUCCUAUAUCCUCAUCUCGAUGUCAAUCCCGAUUCUAGCGUUGAAUUGAGUCCAACUGGAUACAAGUUUUUUGUUGAUUUGUUCCUCACGUUCGAUAGAGAUAAUGAUGGUGGCUUGAAUGAAAUUGAGAUAGAUAACCUUUUUCAACCGACCCCAGGUAUUCCCAAAUUGUGGCUGGAAACAAAUUUCCCAUCGUCAAUAGUAUGCAAUGAAGGAGGAUAUGUAACGCUACAAGGCUGGCUAGCUCAAUGGAAUUUAACGACAUUUUUGAGCUACAAGACCACGUUAGAGUACUUGGCGUACUUGGGAUUUGAUGAAGGAAACUCAGUCAAAGCUUUGAAAGUGACCAAGCCAAGGAAAACGCGCCAGAAACAAGGCAAUAUUUAUCGUAGUUCCGUUAACGACCGCAAUAUUUUUUACUGUUUUGUUGUUGGUGCUCCAAAAGCGGGUAAGAGUUCAUUGCUAGAUCUGUUUUUGCACGGCUCAUACAGUGAGAUGUAUUCACCAACAAUUCAACCACGCUUGGUGAUCAAGGAUAUUGAGUUGAGGGGAGGUAAGCAAUGCUACUUGAUUUUAGAGGAAUUGGGCGAGCUAGAACCGGCAAUCUUGGAAAACAAAAAGAGACUAGAUGAAUGUGACGUGAUAUGUUAUACUUAUGAUUCCUCAGACCCCGAGAGUUUCCAAUACUUGGUUGAUUUACGACAAAAAUAUGCUGCCUAUUUGGAUGAAAUACCGUCUGUAUUUGUUGCGCUAAAAGCAGACUUGGACAAGCAACAACAGAGAUCAGAUGUUCAACCAGAAAACUACACACGAGACUUGUUUCUUAGCUCACCAGUACACAUAUCGUCCUCGUGGACUUCAUCUUUACAGGAGCUAUUCAUACAAUUGGUAGAUGCUGCAAAGAAUCCAGCGAGUGCCACUCCAGGGUUGGAAACGGAACCAGUCGUUGACCAAGAGAAAACGAAGCAUUUGAUGAUGGCUGGUGGUGCCAUUGGAGUGAUGUCCCUAGUGUCUAUUUGGAUGUUAAAUAGUAUGCGACGUAGAUAG